UGUCAGAUUUAACAGUGUUGAUACCGUACUGCCUAUCGAUGUCCCUGACUGACACCAUUGUUAGUUGACGUUCUCAGCUCGUGGAGUAUAUACUUAAAAUGUCUCUCCAACUGGCUACGAUCUUCGUAUUACUUCUCGGCCUAUUUACAGUGUCAAUUUCUACCAAUCAGAUACGUCCCAGAUUUAAUAGAGAUCCGGGUCGCAUUAUCAAUGGUACUUUGGCGAAUCAGGAGGCAACCAGGCAUCAGGUUAGUCUGCGACGUCGCCUCAACGAUGGAUAUUUUUUUGGUACUGGCCACAUCUGCGGUGGUUCGCUGAUCAGACCAAAUGUGGUACUUAGCGCUGCCCAUUGCUUUGUCGAUCAGGUUAUAUAUGAUGGCACAUUCGUGCACAAGGAUACUAUCAUUGUUGUGAUGGGAAAUCUGGACCGCUUCGAAAAGAAAAAUACGCUGACCUUUGACAUUCUUGAUUUGAUACUGCGAUUGGAAGUCUUUGAUCUGAGCACAUACAAUGAGGACAUUGCAUUGCUUGUGCUGAGUGAUUCGGUGCCCGCCAAUCAUCCGACGAUAAGACCCAUUGCGAUGAGUGCUCUGGCCAUACCGGAGGGUCGAAUAUGCCAGACAACUGGCUGGGGGGAAACAGAAGAGGGUUACGGCACUGACUUCCUCAUGUCCGUCGAUGUGCCCAUGAUCAGUGAGGAUGUGUGCAUCAAGGACACCGAUCUAGGGCACCUCAUAUUGCCGGGCAUGAUCUGUGCCGGGUAUUUGGAGGGUGAACGCGAUGCCUGUUCAGGUGACUCGGGCGGACCGCUCGUCUGUCAGAGCCAACUGGCGGGCAUUGUCUCCUGGGGCAUUGGCUGUGCCAGGCCGCGACUGCCAGGAGUCUACACAGAGGUAUCCUAUUACUACGACUGGAUUCUAGAACAGAUUGGAGAAGGCAGUGGCGAUGGAAGCGGAGAUGGGAGUGGGAAUGGAAGUGGCGAUGGAAGUGGGGAUGGAAGUGGGGAUGGAAGUGGGGAUGGAAGUGGGAAUGGAAGUGGAGAUGGAAGUGGGGAUGGAAGCGGGGAUGGCGAUGGAGCUGCCAUCAUCUCCAUUACAUCUUUGACCAUUCUUGUGCCCGUCUUCCUCUGUCUUAGUCACUCUGUAGAUUUACGUCUAGCUUCUUAAUAAAAACUCAAUAAAGGAAUCUGUCAAAUAAC